AUGAUUUUGGAUAAGACGCUAAGCUACAGAAAACACAUAGAAUUAGUAAAGGAUAGAGUCAGAAAGAGAUUGGACAUUUUAAGGUUUAUAGCGGGUAUAAAGAAAGGGGUGAAACCGGGUACAAUGCUGAUAUUCUUUAAAGGACUUAUAAGAUCUGUAAUUGAAUACGGUUUAUUUGUUUAUUUUUGGGAUAAUGUUAAGUCUCUAAAAAAAAUAAUGAGACUACAUAAUGCAGGAAUUCGAAUAGCCAUGGGAUAUAGAAUAACAACACCUAUAAAUGUUAUGAAUGUGGAGGCGGGUGUUAUGGAUUUAGAGUCUAGAGCUGAGGCUCUCUUGGAGAGAUUUGUGAUGAAACAGAGAGUAAAGGGGAAGGGGGUGGUGUACGAUGCACUUAUGAACUCCUUGGUUAUAAGGGAUGAAGUAGGGACUGAAGAAUGGGAUUCGUGGACAAGAGCAUGGGGUAAAGCAGAAGGAGUAGCGGGAAGAAUUUUAAAGGAAAGGGUAGACAGGUUUGAAUGUAAUAGGGAACGGGAUUUCCUAGAAAAAGAGGGUGUGUCAGUGGAUUGGGAAUCAGGAAAAGAGAGAAAAAAAUCCACGUGUCAUGACUCCACCUUAGUUAGCAAGAUUAAAGAAAGAUUGUGGCCAGGGGGAAAUAAUGAAGAUGUAACUGUAAUUUUUACUGACGGCUCUAAAAAAGGUUUUGAUGAACCUGUAGGGGCUGGGCUAGUAUAUCGGGGCGGGGAUGGGGAAUGGCAGGAGGAAUCAUGGUCGCUUAAUAAAGUUACUUCGGUGUUCUCAGCAGAGGCUUUUGCAAUUUUACAGGCUGUUAAAAAAGCAAGGACAAACUGGCAUACGACCAGGGUAUUAAUCCUGACGGAUUCGGCUAGCGUAUUAAAGAAAAUAAUGGGAUACAAUAGAAGGAUGGGUAAUAAUCCGUGGAUAAGAAGAAUAGUUAAUGAAAUGAUGAAGUUGGAAUUGGAACAUAAAAAUUUAGCAGAAAACCACUCGGAGUAUGGUUUCACGGGCAACAGACUAGGGUUCGCAUGGAUCCCCAGCCAUGAGGGCAUUGAAGGGAAUGAGAGGGCAGAUUUAGUAGCGGGUGGUGCAACAUAUGGGGAGGAAAUGUAUGAACAUGGUCUAGUAGAAAAAGAUGUGAUGAAUUAUAUAAUGAAUUGCGCGUGGAUUAGAAAUUUUGACAGAGCGAAAAUAAAGGGUGAAUCGAAGGGAAUAAAGUACUUCAGUAUGGAAAAUAAUAAUGUGGGUUCAAAAAAGCCAUGGUUUGAUGGGAUAAAUGGUCUGGGAAGGGGAGAUAUGGUCAAGUUGAGUAGGAUUAGGGCCAAUCAUUUUAAUUUGGGAGAAUCACUUUUUAGGAAAAACCUUUCAAUCGUAAAGGGGUGUGUAUGUGGUGCGGAGUUGGAGUCCAUUGAACACGUAAUCUGGGAGUGUGAUAGAUUUUGGGAAAAUAGAGAGGAACUAAAUAGGUUCCUAAUUUCUAAGGGUUUUUCGGAGGGAUCUGAUGUUAUAGAAAUGUUGAUGGUGGGCGAUUUGGGAGUAAUAAAGCGUAUUUCCAGGUUUCUAAACAAACUGGGAAAAGUUAUAUAA